CGGUUCGCCGUCCCCGCCGCGUCCGCGCAGCCGCCCACGCAUCCCCAUUCGCCAUUUGGCUGGAUGGUAUAAAUUCCCCCACACGUCUCCUCUCAGUCACCACCUCCAAACAAGCAGAGACAGAGGAGAGCAAUAGUAGCAAUGGCCAAGGUGCACCCCAACGCCGCCGCGGUGGCGGCAGAGCUCGGCACACCAACCAGACGAGCGGCUGCCGGCCAAGACCAAGAACCUGAGCCGCCCACGACGGCAGUGCUGACGGUGUGGCGCAAGUCGCUGCUCUUCAACUGCGACGGCUUCACCGUCUACGACGCCGACGGCGACCUCGCCUUCCGCGUCGACUGCUACGCCAGGCGCCACGCCGAGGUCGUGCUCAUGGACGCCGCGGGGGCGCCGCUCCUCACCGUCCGCCGCAAGAGGCUCAGCCUGGCCGAGCGCUGGCACGUCUACCACGGCGACGCAGCAGCCAGCAGCAGCCGGCCGCCUGUCCUCUCCGUCCGGCGCCACGUCGGCGGCGGCCUGCGCGGCGCCUCCGGCGGUGGCAAGACGCUGGCGCACGUCGUCGCGGCGUCGUCCUCCUCGGCCGACGCCGGUGGCGGUGAGGCGUUCGUCGUCGAGGGCUCCUACGGCCGCCGGGCCUGCGCCGUGCGCGACGCGCGCGGCGACGUCGUGGCCGAGGUGCGGCGCAAGGAGGCCGUGGGAGACGACGUGUUCAGGCUCGUCGUGAGUCCCCGCCUCGGUGCGCCGCUCGCCAUGGGGCUCGUCGUCGUCCUCGACGAGAUGUUCGCCGGCCGCGGCUCGGCGCGCUCGUGGCUGCGCCUGCGCGGGUCGUGUUAGGAUAUACUGGUAGUAGAACCCAAGGGAGCCCACAUGUCAAGGCAAGUCUCUUCUAUCCUACUGAUGACAAGGCUCCGACCCCAGCUGUCAGCGUCAGCAGAUUUUAUAAUGCAGGCUGCAGCUGGGCCAACCCAAAGUAUAUAUAUGCCGUAUCAUAUUCUGCAUCCAGUGUAUAUGCUGUAUAUUCGCGUGCUUACAUGUAGACUAAUUUUAUCAUCACCAUGAACAUGACAAGGCGCCUAUAUAUUUGGUGUUCAACUUCAUGCACAUGUGGAAUGGUGAGAUAUGUAGCACGGAUCUGCUUGGUUA